AUGGAUGAAUUCUUCCACCACAUGGCUGAAGCGAUGCAUGAUCCCAACGUGAUUAACUUUGAGAAAAUGAGAAAAAUGGGUGGAGUGGAGUUUGAAGGCACCGUUGAUCCCACGAAUGUUGAACAAUGGUUGGAGCACAUGGAGAGGAUAUUUGAGCAGUUAGAGUGUUCAAAUGUUGCCAAAUUUAAAUAUGCUAUUUCAUUAUUACAAAAUGAUGCUUACGAUUGGUGGGUAAGUGUUCCAAAUGCCAAGGUAAAACCUCAUGUUCUUACUUGGGAUGAUUUUCUUAGAGAAUUAUGUAUGAAGUAUGUCCCACCUGUUUAUUGUGAUGCAAAGAGAAAUGAGUUUUUGAAUUUAAGGCAACGAGGUAUGUCUAUUGCUGAGCACCAACAGAAGUUUCUAAGACUCUCUCGUUAUGCUGGAGGUAUUAUUAAAGAAGAAAAAGACAAGUGCAGGAAAUUUGAAGAUGGUUUAAAUGAUUCCAUUAGAAAGAAUGUGGCGAUCCUGCAACAUGAGAACUUUUGUAAUCUAGUGGGAAGGUUUGAUAACUCUAAGGCUAGUAGUGAUAACAGGCCACCGCAGCAAAAGCAAAAUAGAUCAGAUUUUUCUACAGCUAGCACUCCAACUUAUGGCCAAGGCAAGCCUCGUGUUCCCACUUGUCCGCAAUGUGGAAAGAAUCAUUAUGGUACUUGCAAGAGAGCUUUUGGUGCAUGUUUCAAUUGUGGGAGCUUUGAUCAUAAAGUGAAGAAAUAUCCUAAUCCUAAUAAUGCUCUUUCCUUGAGAACUGAAGGCUCAGUUCAUAAGUCUUUUAUUAAUCCUCCUCAAACUAAUAGAGGUGCAAGACCUAAAAACACUCAAGCAGCAUGUACAAGUGGAGCUAAUCAAGCUAGUGGACAAAGGACUACUGCACACACUUAUGCUAUGAUGCAGAGGGAUGCGCAGGAUGGACAAGACGUGGUUGUCGAUAAAUUUCACUUAUUUGGCUUAUGUGUGUUUACACUGUUUGUUCCUGGUUCUACACAUUCCUAUAUUUGUUCAUCACUUGUUCCUCCUGAAAAUGUGAAAUCUAUGAGGCUUAAUUAUGAUGUCCUGGUUGAAAGUCCUUUGGAUUAUCAGGUUGUGUGUAAAAGAAUUUAUCGUGAUUGCCCAUUCAUGAUUCAAAACCUAGUCUUCCCUACUGAUUUGAUUGAAAUGCCCUUUAAGGAUUUUGAUGUUAUUAUCGGGAUGGAUUGGCUUCAUAAAUAUCAUGCAGUGGUAGAUUGUAGGUCAAAGCAUGUGACCUUUAAAGAUCCAACAUUUUCACACAUUAUUGUACAAGGUGAAAGAUCAUUGACAUCUAGUAUUAUUUCUGCGACCUUGUCAAGAAAGCUGAUGUGUCAAGGUUGA